AUGACACCUUACAAGGCUUUGUAUAGUUCUAAGUGCCGUACACUACUAUGUUGGACUGAGUUGGGUGAGCAACAGAUUUUGGGUCCAGAGUUGGUUUCCGAGACUGAAGAUAAGCGUGUGGGACCGGUCGCUUACCAGUUAGAGCUACCACCAGAGUUUAAUUGUAUCCAUGAUGUCUUUCACGUCUCGAUGUUGAGGCGGUACCGGUCAAAUCCAUCUCAUGUUGUCUGUGUUGAGGAGAUCGAGGUUAGAUCGGACUUAACUUUUAAUAAGGACCCAGUUCAAAUUUUGGAUCGAGAUAUUAAGGUUCUGAGGAGGAAGUCCAUACCUUUGGUUAAGGUUCUGUGGCGGAAUCAUGGCACUGAAGAAGCCACGUGGGAAUCUGAGGACUCGAUGCGUCAACAAUAUCCUCAGCUGUUCGAAUCAGGAAGUGAUCUGUAUGGCGACUCCUAUAUUCUGGCAGCUUGA